AUGAAGAAACGGCCCACACCGGUGGGGGCCGAUGGUAAUAAGCAUUGCUUGUACCAUCAGAAUAUGGGGCAUACUACGGAAGAAUGCGUAACUCUUCGCGAUAAAAUUGAGGAGUUAAUUCGAGUAGGAUAUCUGAAACAGUAUAUCAAGACGGCGCCCACCGAACUGCCGAGGAGACGAGGGCCGAGCCCCGCCCCCCGGAGAGAUCGAGACCGAAGUCAGAGUCGACCGCCCCGACGGCCGGACAAUCGGUCAAAGUAUGAAGACCAGAGACAUAGGAGUAGGAGUCGCAGUCGCGAUCGCCCACUCCGCGGGAGGAUUAAUACCAUAUCUGGGGGAUUCGCGGGGGGAGGGUCAUCGACCUCCGCUCGGAAGCGCCAUGUGAGGGCGUUGCGCUCAGUGAACAACAUCCAAGCUACCAAGAAGUCCAUGCUGCCGAUAACGUUCACAGAUGACGACUUUCACGCACCUGACCUAGAGCAAGAUGACCCGAUGGUCAUCACGGUGGAGAUCGCCCGAUAUGAGGUAGGGAAAGUCUUGGUCGACCAGGGGAGCUCGGCUAACAUCUUGUACUGGAAGACCUUCUUGCAGAUGGAUCUCUCUGAAGAGCUGAUCAUUCCCUUCCAUGAGCAGAUAGUCGGUUUCGCGGGAGAACGGGUGGACACCAUGGGGUAUGUGGACCUCUGCACACGGCUAGGAACAGGGCGGGACAAUGACGAGAAGAAGGUUCGGUAUCUCCUAGUAGACGCCAACACGUCGUAUAACGUUUUGUUGGGACGACCCUGCCUUAAUUUGUUCGGCGCCAUCGUAUCCACACCUCACUUAACCCUAAAGUACUCGAACGAGAGGAAGAAAAUUAUAACCGUUCGGGCCGAUCAAAAAACGGAAAGAGAAUGCUAUGCAACAGGAUUGAGGAUGUACCCUCGGGUCCCGAGGGCGAAGAUCCCCCGGUCGGAGGUUGCCAUGGCUGAUCUGGACCAGCGCAUGGGUACGGAGGACCGCAUAGAGCCGCACGGAAGGCUGCAGCCGGCCAGGUUGGGGCCGAUGGAGAACCAGGUCACUACGAUGGCGGGAGGGCUUGAUCCUGUCACCGAGGAUGGCUUGAGGAGGAUACUGUGGCAGAACCGGGACCUGUUCGCCUGA